UUCUAACAGGGGUUUGCGAGAGCUUGGCACCGUUGUCGACAGUCGGAGUCGAGAGCAAUCUCUGCUUCAUUGCCUCUGUCGAGCACGAACCGGAUCUGUGCCCUGCCAUCGUCGAAUAUUCGUCUACCGGCUGUGGUUUUUUAAGACUGGAUUUGCUCGAUUUGGUGACCUGCGGCAUUCGCUAUACGUGUUGCAGUGCCCUGGUUGUCGUCGCAGGGACGGAGUCGGGGAGGUGGAGCAGAUCCGAGGUUGAGAGGUUCGUGUGGGUGUGAAGAUUGAUGUGGAGGUUUCGGACGUGAGAUUCGAUAGCCGUAGGCGGGUGGCAUUGUGUUUGAGAGCUUAGUUUGGAAGGAGAGCAGGAGAGACGAGUCAGAUCUUGCGGACAUUGAAGCGAGGAGGAGAGUGCGUGACUGCAUGUGGAGCUGGAGGUGAGUGUGUAGGUGCAAAGGAGGUUUUACGGGAGUGGCGCGUAUCGUUUCGCCAUGGAGUUCUACUUCUAUGCAGUGUUUGCAGUCCAGGCGAUGGUCUUGGUUGCCUUGGAAUUCGGAAAGUCGGGAAAGGACCAGAUAACGACAUCCCCUGCUUUCAAUGCAUUCAAGAACAACUAUCUGGUGGUCUACUCGCUCAUGAUGGCGGGAGACUGGCUGCAAGGACCAUAUGUGUACGCUCUUUACGUCUUCUAUGGAUAUGACAAAGGUGACAUUGGCAAGCUGUUUAUUGCUGGAUUUGGUUCCUCAAUGCUUUUUGGAACCAUUGUGGGAUCACUUGCGGAUAGAUAUGGACGCAAGAGGAUGAGUGUCAUCUACUGUAUUACAUACAUGCUGAGCUGUUUCACGAAGCAUUCUCCACAGUACAGAGUGUUGAUGUUGGGUCGAGUAUUGGGAGGCAUCGCUACCUCAUUGCUUUUCUCAUCGUUUGAGUCAUGGCUCGUGGCUGAGCAUUUUAAGAGAGGAUUUGAGGCGCAGUGGUUAUCAUUGACUUUCUCCAAAGCUAUCUUUUUGGGCAAUGGUCUGAUCGCGAUCAUUGCUGGACUUGUGGCCAACACUCUGGCUGGAACCUUCAACUUAGGUCCGGUUUCUCCUUUCGACGCUGCAGCGUGUGUGUUGGCAGUUGGCAUGGGCAUAAUCAUGUUGACUUGGCCUGAAAAUUAUGGCGAUCAGGCAGAGGGCAAAAACAUCAUUGAUCAAUUUACUAAAGCUGCUGCAGCAAUUGCUUCUGAUGAAAAGAUUGCUCUUUUGGGUGCUAUCCAAUCCUUGUUCGAAGGUUCCAUGUAUACAUUUGUUUUCCUCUGGACACCAGCAUUGAGUCCUUAUGAUCAGAAGAUUCCAUUCGGCUUCAUCUUCGCUACCUUUAUGCUUGCUUCUAUGCUAGGAAGCUCCUUAGCAUCUCGGCUGAUGUCACGUCCGAAUUUGAGGGUUGAGAGCUACAUGCAGGUUGUGUUCGCCGUGGCUUCAGGCUCCCUUUGCCUUCCGGUCAUCAUUCAAUUUUUCCUACCUGAUGAACGAUCGGAGUCCAUGACUGUUGGCGGGCGGAUGAAUCUGCUCGGUUUUUGUGUUUUUGAGAUGUGUGUGGGAAUCUUCUGGCCGUCCAUCAUGAAGAUGAGAUCUCAGUAUAUUCCGGAGGACUCCAGAAGCACCAUCAUGAACUACUUCCGAAUUCCUCUCAACAUUUUCGUGUGUAUUGUUCUGUAUAAUGUGAGCGCUUUCCCCAUCAGUGUGAUGUUCGGGAUGUGUGCUAUAUUUUUAGGCAUGGCAGGAGUGUUGCAGCGGCGGCUCAGGGUUGUAUCUGAAAAGCACUGGAAUAGGAAUUCGGACGUCUCCGCUGAAGAGAAGUUGCGUGAUACUGAAGCAGAGCCCCUCAAUAUUUGAAGCGGACAUAAUACCUGAGUGGUAUUGUAGAAGUACAAUUUCUUUUGUUUUCUUUUUUCUUCUUUGUAGCAGCUGUAAGCCAGCUUUGUGUUAACAACUGGGUGUGGGAAGUAGAAAUGUAGAAUGACAUUUUGCUGCUUUAAGCCCCAUCUGUAUUGAACUUAAUUCAUUUCAGGACAUUUCAAAUCGUAUCUGUCAAUCUACAAGAUACUCAAGCUUAUGUCUAA